AUAACAUAUUUCUAAAACAAAUUGUUUUUCAUAAUUAUCUUUAGUUCAUGUAUUGCUUCACCAUGUCUUAUUUCAUUACUUGAUUUUUUUAAUACUUUCUGAUUGGACCUUAAAUCAUCUUGCUUAUUGGUUAAAACCUAUCUAAGGUCAAAAGUGACUAAAUUGUUUGACUUAUUUUGGGGCACCAGGAGAAAGGAGCAAGAAAUCCUGAAAGCAAAUAUACCAGAGAGUUAUCCUGCUGAAAAAAAUUUUUAAUUAUGGCUCUGAAUUAAUGGCUACUAUUUGUAGAAACUUUAAAGAAGCUGUAUAUUGGAGUGGGAUUUGGAGUCAUCAUAAUGGAAGCAAAAAAUAUAAAGGAAAAACAGUUAUUUUUAUUCCAGCAUAUUGUACCUGGCUACUAGUUACAAAUGGUUUUCUUGACCCAGGAAAAUUUGUGGUGUAAAUGAAAAGACACCUUUUUUCUAGACUCAGUGUUUACAAAUAUGCUUCGCCUAAGAGCUAUUUGUGCAUUCUCCUGGAGAGUGUUUCACUUUCGACCCUUCAGUUGUGAACCAUUAAUUAGCCAGAUGGAUAAGUGUACAAAUGAAGAGCAAGUAUUUGAUCUUAUUGAAAAAAACAAAGCCAUACUUUCAGAAGAGCAAGUGAGAUGUGCAUUUAAUAUACUUUGGCAAUUUCAAAAACAGAAGACCAGCUUGUUAAAAAGUGUUGAAUAUAUCAGAGACCAUCCCCAAUUUCUUACUCUUUAUAAUUUAACUGCAAAUAAAAUGGAAUUUAUGAAUGACGAUAACCUGGUGAAUGUGUUGUACAUCACACAACAGUUUGCUGUUGAGGCCCAUGACCCACUAGUUGAGGCACUAGUGACAGAAGCAUGGAGAAGACUGGAAAGGUUUGAUGUUAAUGUGCUGUCAAAAUUUUCCUCUUGCCUAGCAGAUCAACACUUAUAUUUUAGUCCAUUAAUGGGAAAAAUAGCUGAUAUUGUAAAUAGGAACUUUGAAACCAUACAGGACUUAAGGCCCUUGUCUAUUUUGAUGGUCAACAUAUCUUCUUUAAUAUCACGACGUUUUCAAGAACAAUUAGUGAACAAAACAGAACUUCUUUUUGACACCAUAGAUUCUUCCCAGGUCAACACUGCAAGAAGAAUAGUACAGUUUCUUCGAAAUAUUAAAUAUAGUUAUUAUCCACUAUUAGAAAGGUGUAAUAAUGUGUUUUUAAGCAAUGUGAACGACCUUGAUUUGGACUCUAUCAGUAAAAUACUUAGUCUGUACCAGACUCUACAGUUUCAUAGUUUUGAAUUUAUUUUAAUAGCUAAAAAGAGGCUAACUGAAAUGAUUCCUCUGUUUGAUCAGCCUGCUAGCUUUGUGAAAUUGUUUGUAGCAUUGGGACCCGUGGCAGGACCUGAAGAAAAGAAACAACUUGAGUCAACUAUAUUACUGAUGUCAGAGGAGCUGACCAGCCAGCAAGCCCUGGCAGUGCUGGGAGCAAUGGAAGAGAUGGAAAGCAGAAAUUCACAUCUGAUUAAAAAAAUUGCUUCAAUUCUGCAUAAGAAUUUGGAUACAUAUAGCCCAGUAGAGUUAUUGAAGGUAACUCAAGCAUUGAUCUUUCUACAUUUCCAAAGUAAAGAGCUUUUUGUGAAACUCAGAGAAUUACUGCAUAGUUAUUUGAAAAUUAGUGUCAAACCUAGUGAGAUUUCCAUCCUGGUCUGUGCUAUUUCUAUGCUUCCAUCUCCUCACCUAGAUGAAGCGGGGAUAUCUCGAAUUGAAGCAGUUUUACCACAGUGUAACCUAAAUGACCUGAAUAGUUUUGCCACAUCUAUUUUAAGAUGGAUUCAGUAUGGUCAUGUGUAUCUGGAUAAUACUACUGGAAAACAGCUGACACUACUUCAAAAAGUAGCUCACUAUGGUCAUCAGAGACUACAAAAAUACAACCAUUUGAAUCUGUUAUGGGAAGAACUUAAAUCUUUAAAAGGAGACUGGUUUUCUGAGACACUUCUUGAAGAAACAGUUGCUACUUUGCAGUGUUUGAUGGAUGAAAUUAAUUACACAAAUGUUGUGGGAAUUGCAUCUUUUAUUUCUAGAACUAACUACCUCAAUACUUUGCUACUUGAUAAGAUAGCCUCAGUGGUCCUUCAGCAAAUUGAAAAGAUCCAUCCUUUUGCAGUCUUUGCUAUUAUUCUUCCAUUCAGCAUCUUGAACUAUGAUCCACCUCAAAGGGAUGAAUUUUUUGGAGCUUGCAUUCAACACCUUAAUUCUUACUUAAGUAUAUUGGAUCCUCUAAUGUUAGUGUUUCUUGGUUUCUACUUGGCCACACUUGAAUAUUUUCCAGAAGAUCUGCUAAAGACAAUUUUUCACAUCAAAUUUUUAGGCAGAUUGGAUUCUCAACUUGAACUUUUAUGUGCAUCUCUAAAUAUGAGGGUCCAGUUUCGUCUUAUGGAAUUAAAUAGAGCAGUCUGCUUGGAAUGCCCUGAGUAUCAGAUUCCGUGGUUUCAUGAUCGCUUCUGUCAACAACAUUAUAAUAAAGAUAUUGGCAGCCUGAAUGGAGCACAGCAGCAGAUUUAUAAAAUGUUAGCAGAGAUAUUAGGAGGAAUCAAUUGUGUAAAAGCCUCAGUUCUUACACCUUAUUACCACACAAUAGAUUUUGAGUGUAUCUUGGAUAAAAGAAAAAAACCUCUUUCUUAUGGCAGUCAUAAUAUAACUUUGGGAAAACUGCCAGAAACCCAAAUAGUUGGAUCAAGGCUGCCACCAGGAGCUGAAAGAAUUGCUUUGGAAUUUUUGGAUUUAAGAGCUUUCUGUAGAAACAUCCCUCAUUUAAAAGGAAAAUCUGCUAUGAAGAAACGACAUUUGGAAAUUUUAGGCUAUCGUGUAAUUCAGAUCCCUCAUUUCGAAUGGAACUCUAUGGCAUUGUCAACAAAGGACGCUCGAAUGGACUACCUGAGAGAACGUAUAUUUGGAGAUGGCAAAUCAUGAUAGUAGUUUUUAUUUAAAAUUAUUUAUCAUGGUGUGUCACAUAUGAACUUAUUUUAAUUAAGUGGCCAGACUCAGUUAAAUAAUAGUAUAGAAUUGAUUGGUUUUAAGGUCAUUUGAAUCAGUAUUAAAAUAAACAGACAUUUUAUAAUA